GUGCUGUUGGGGGUUCCCAGGGAACCGCAGGAUAAUGGACCAGAGCAGCCCCAGUGGCACUUCCUCCUGCGCGAACAAGCAAAAUGAAACCGCCAUCAAUGAACCGCAAUUCAACAGCAACAGCCACGACGGCAGCUCCGCACAAUGCCAAAGGACCCGGCCGCAGGAGCCAAUGGCUGGGAGUAGUAGUGGCCAACUGGGAGCCGGGGCGAUGGUUACUGGUAACUGGUAACUGCGGCUACACUUACAACCCGCCGAGUGCCAAGGCGCCAACUGAAAUAAUGACGGCAGGCGAAAUAACAAUAAAGGCUAAGACUCCGGCAGAGGGGCGAGCCAAGACCCAAGUAAAGGACAAUAUCGAUGCUCCUUUUCCGCAUAACGGAGAGCGUUAAAGACAAUGCCAGCCAGGACCCUAAUGCGGCGAUUCCAAUGGCGAUGGCGAUGGCAAUGCAAUGAACUUCUUCAGUCCAAGUUCUUAAAGGAAUUUAACAUCGUCACUCAGAAAAUGAAAAAUACCCACA